AUGUCGAUGAAGAGUGAGUCACCAGUUAUUGAAGAGAUUGUCAGGAAGAUAUUUGGUCAGUUGAAUUCUAUAUACUCAAAUGUUCACGAGGAUUGUGUUGGACUGGACUCUCGUGUGACAGAAAUAAAAAAUUCAUAUUUAGGCAUUGGGUUGGAAGAUGUACGUUUUAUAGGAAUUUGGGGAAUGGGUGGAAUGGGUAAAACAACCCUAGCACGAGUCCUUCAUCAAAGGAUUCAUUAUCAUUUUGAUGCCAGUACCUUUAUUGGCAAUGUUAGAGAAGAAAGUUGUAAAAAUGAUCUAACUUCUCUACAAAAACAACUUCUUGAUGAUAUCUUGAUUGAAAGCAAUAUCCGAAUACAGGACAUUUGGUCGGGAAUGAAUAUGAUAAAGGAUAGAUUACGUAAGAAAAAAGUUCUUAUCAUUCUUGAUGAUGUGGAUCAACCUGAACAAUUAGAAGCAUUAGCAGGAAAGAGAGACUGGUUUGGUCUAGGGAGUAGAAUCAUUAUAACAACCAGAGAUCAACGUCUAUUGGUCACACAUGAUAUGACUGAAGCUGAAAUAUAUGAGGUUAAUAAACUGGAUAAUGUUGAAGCUCUAAAACUCUUUAGUAGGGAAGUCUUCAAGAAGGACUACCCUCCAGAAGAUUUCAAGGAGCUAUCGACAAAUGCUAUUCAUUAUGCUGGUGGACUUCCUUUAGCUCUCAAAGUUUUGGGUAUAAGAUGA